CCGGUUUUACCGGAAGUAGUUAGCACUUAACCUCAGCUAGCUGUGUUUUAUGAUUUGCUUUCAGAUCAACGCUCAAAAGCAUAAUGUCAGUCCAAACGAUGACUGUGACAGUCGCCUACGGGUCAACUAAGCACAGCAUCACACUAACAUGCCAAGAAGAUGGAAAAACGCCCACUGUUAAAGAUCUGUCAGAAGCUCUCUGUCAAGCCACUGGUGUCCCACCCCCCUCGCAGAAACUCAUCUUUAAAGGGAAGUCACUGAAGGACAUGGAGGGGAGUCUCUCUAGCUAUGGCGUUAAAGAGGGCUGCAAACUCAUGAUGAUUGGAAAGCGGAACAGUCCAGAAGAAGAAGUUGAACUGAAGAAGCUAAAAGAAUUUGAGCAAACAGUGGAGCUGACAGCUAAGAAGCUAGAGAAAGUAGACGGGGAAUUAACCGGGCUGAAGAAUGGCUUCCUUGCUAAAGACCUCCAGGCAGAGGCAUUGAAUAAACUAGACCACAGAGUGAAAAUAGCUGCUGAGCAGUUCAUGAAAAUCCUGGAGCAGAUUGAUGCCCUGGCUGUCCCAGAAAAUUUCAAUGACUGCAGAAUGAAGAAAAAGGGACUUGUAAAGACGGUGCAGGACUUUCUGGCAAAGUGUGACAGGAUCGAGGCUUGUAUAUCAGACCACCUGUCAAAGAUUCAAUCAAAAAACCUGGCUCUGGCAGAGUAAUGAAGUCUCCGGUAACCUUUGCUAUAUGUUGCUCUGUGAGCAAUAGCCUAGCACACAGAAAGCUUCAAGUGAGAAGCAGAACCUGCUUUAUUUAUUCUUGGUGUGACGUGUAAGAGAGAACCUUCAUAACAAAGAAUACUGUGACGAGGACGUAGGUGCUUAGUUUGUCACAGAACGAUUCCCUGGGCCAAAAAAAAGAUGUGAAGCCAGGUCUGACACAAUAGCAGGUGUUUGGAAAAUCAGUAGAACCCAUCAAAAUGUUCAAACUAAGCGCUGCCAUUUUGUUCAAAUUCAGAUUUGUAUGUGGCCAAACGUGUAACUGCUGACGGCCUAAAAUGACUGGCUCUGAGUGGAACCGUUAAAGGGGCUGACAGAGAAUUGAAAUACACUCUACUGCGAUGUGCCUCUGACAGGAUGAAACGACUAGUGUUUCAAAGAUGCGUCUUAAAAAAGAAAAUGGCUCUCACCAUUCGUGUCAUGCAGGGUGCAGAAAAAUGGACAGCCAUGUAGCAAUCUUACAUCAACAGUAAGGAUUUUAUGUGAUCAGAAUAAAGGAAAAUAUCAGAAAUGUAAAAAUCAUUCAGUGGCUUUAAGAAGGAAAUCACUGCGGUUUUCUGUUCCUAUUGCGACUUCACUCAGGGUCAUUUCACUCUAAUGGAAGCUUUUCAGAGCAAAAAUCCCAGUUCUACGAGAUGAAAUGUUUCUGACGGAUUCACAACUGAGAGCUGGUUAUGAUGGCAUUAGAAGACAAACUGCGGUCUCUAUUCUUUUGGCCAUACAGCAUGAAUUGUUCCACAUGAAUCAUCUCCAAACCACCAACACCUUCUAUUAAAUCAAGAAUCUUCUCCCUUCUUUUAAAUAUGUGAUUGAAACUUGUGGAGUGUGGAAUUGUAACUGAUUCUUGACAUCUAUUAUUUGUUUGGAAUAAACCUUUCCGAAAAAUGAA